GUUGUGGAUGAUACGUUGUACUCGUAGCACUAGCGGUAGCGAGGACGGUUAACUCGGUCAUUUUGUCGAUUAUCGUCCUGCUCCUGCUGCAAUGAUAAAUAUCAUGUAUGAUUCGAUUUAAUUAUGCAAAAGCUUGUCGAGUCAUGUACUCGUCAGCAGAUCUUCCACGUUCGUCUCAUUUUAUUUUUUACAACAUUCAUUUUUGACCCGUCUUAAGACUGAAAUUGAAUUGCAUGAAGAUUCUUGGUAAUAAAGAACUUGUCUGCUUCUAGUACUUUGAUUAGUUAUAAGUACAUAUUAGUUUUUUGAGAACCACAAGCGAGCAAGAAUGCAGGUAACUCCUGUCGGUGAAAAUCGUAAUGAGGCGCAAGAGCGUGCUCUGCGAAACACGUUUGAGAAAAUGGAAGGCGCCAUUCGUGAGAACAGCUGCCUCAUGUUCAGCACCGCGGUCUGUCCUUACUGCACAUACGCUAAGGACUUCAUCGAGAAGUUUGGAAAGAAGUGUAACGUGAUAGACCUGAGCAAGGGUGAAAACAAGCAGCUUGGUGCAGUGGUCACUGCGGUUACGAAUCAGCGGACAGUACCAAACAUAUUUUUACAUCAGAUGCAUGUGGGCGGAUACGACGAGCUCGUAGCAGUGGAGAAACAGUGUCAAAACACAGACUCAGUUCUCUUCAAGGACAAGCAAUUUAUGACGUUCUUGUAAAAGUACUUAAGAAGUAGACGGAAAAGCAAAAGCCAGAAUGUAAGGGGCUCUUCGAGGGCGAGGUAAUGUCAACAUUUUGCACCAUGUAGAACAAUUGCCUUCGAAACAUAUUCAUAUGCAGGGUUGCAGAUGAAUGUCAAAGGUAGGAUGUUGCAGCUCGAAAAUGCAUUGAUCAUAGCAACUUAAACUUUCAAAGAUGGUGAAGAAAACCUGCUCUAAGAUGUACGCGGAGGUGUGUGGGUUUUUCGGACAUCAGACCGGCGGUGAAGGGCAGUAGAGGCGGAACCAUUCGACCCCUAUCGGCAGCAAGAACAGUGCCAACAACAUCCAGUUGACCAUUGCGCUAUUUCUACAUGUCAUAGACAUAGAUAUCCUGUCAUGCGGGAUGUAGCAGACGUGAAGAUUUUAGACAGCCAAUUUCUUACUACAUCUGUUGUUGCCUCGGUUUAGGCAUCUUAUAAAAACACGC